AUACAAAUCAAAUCAUCUCCCUCCCAGGUCUCAACCUCCAUUAAAGAUGAAAGAGUAAUAACCGCCUUAAUUUUUAUUUUUUUGGCCUCCAAUAGCUGGCUUAAUUGGAUCCUGAGAAGUAAAUAGACUAGCUUCUGUAAGCCCUAUCCGAUGUAAUAUUGUGUUUAAUUUAUGUUGGAUUAGGAGUCAAGACUCAGAGUUUCAGGAGCACACAGACUAGAUUAAUCCUGAAAAAAAUAUGGGUUUUGUUGUGGUUGUUUCAUUGCCGUUGAUAUUGUUCAUCUUGAUCGUUGCCCUGGCGUUUUAUCUCCUGGGUAGGGCUCGGGGUCGAAGGGGAAGUGCACCGCAGUAUUAUGGACCUCCUGCUCCUCCAUUUCAACCCCCACCUCCAUCCCAAGGAAAAACUUGAUCGUCAGAAGCUUAGGAUGUUGUACAAAGUUACUAGAAAUUAAUUUUAUUGUAUGCCUCUGUCACUUAAAGGACAUAUAUGAACCAUUCAUACUAAUUGUUAUCUGUUUGUAUUUAAUCUUAAAGAGAUUUGUUUAGUCAGUAUACUAAUGUUUGAUUCACAGAAAAAAACUCUAAGGAAAAGAAAGUGAUUCUUAGGAA